AGCGUUCCCUGGCUUAUUUUCCCCGGUUAUGUAGGGCAAGGCCGGUCAGGCUUUCAGUUGUUAGCGAUAACUUCCGGGUCAACAAAAGCGGGAAAUAUACUCAUCUCGAAAAUAUAUAGAUAUGCCGAAAGUAUCCAGGUCAUCCAUAAAGAAGACAGCAGAAGUGGCAAAGUCCCUGAAAGCUCGGCCUGCCAGGGGAAAUGGGGGGAAGAAGAAAGAUGUGGAGAGUACACAGGCAGUGCUUUCCCCCCCUACACCACAGAUGUUUGUUGCUAAACUUGGUGAAAAUUUCAAAGCACACAGAAACCAAACAGCUGCCCAAAAAAUGAAAAAAUACAUGAGAGAUCAGUUUGCCUUUUUUGGUCUGAUGAGCCCGAUCAGAAGGGAAGCUAGUAAGGAGGUGCUGUCCUCCUGCUCAGGGUUCAACCAGGCCCAACUCCACCAACUCCUGAAACUCCUAUGGAAAGAACCCGAGAGGGAGUAUCAAAUGUUUGGCCUGGACUGCUCACAAAAGUACAUUAAAGUGUUGUGUGGACACAGUGCUGAUGACAGUCUGAAGUCCCUCAUGGUGGUCAAGGAACUAAUCACCACCAAGAGCUGGUGGGACACAGUGGACAUGCUAGCUGCUAAUGUGGUUGGAGAGUUGGUGGCAGCACACCGGACGUCCCUCACCCCAGUCAUGGAGGAGUGGGUUCAGGAUGAGAACCUGUGGCUGAGACGGACCGCCAUUCUUCAUCAACUCAACUACAAAAAGAAAACAAAUCAGGAACUCCUCUUCCAAUACUGUCUGAUGUGUGCAGAUGAUGAAGACUUCUUCAUCAGGAAGGCAAUAGGCUGGGCUCUCCGAAAUCAUUUCAGGACAAAUGCUGCAGCUGUGAAGACCUUCGUUAAGUCUAACAAGGACAAGUUGUCUCCCCUGAGUCAGAAAGCAGCUCUCAAACAUGCCUGAUUUGGGGUCUACAUGCUUCCUGUUUCUAGUUGUAGCAGAAACAAUGAGAACUACCUCAACUACUGAUGUAGCAGCAACCAUCCUUGUUUAUACAGUGUCUAAGGUAGUCAUAGUAACAUGAUAAACGCCUGUAUAUAUUUUGUAUACACGAUUUAUAAUACACUAGGAAAAUGAGGAUACAGCAAUAAUAGGCUACAAUAACUUAAUUGUGAUAUGUUGAUUUAUAUUUUCCGAACAAUUGAGGCAGGAUUCAUUUGUUCUUUUUAUCUUGUAUUUUUUUAUGAAACUACCUGAUGUGAUUCACGUCAUGAUGAGAUCAGUCGAGAAGUAAUCAGCAAGAAGAACGCGAUAUACGGGCAACACAGUUUUUCAGGGCAUUAUCAUUUGCAGAAGGCUUAGGUCUUCAAUUAACCGCCUAACUAGGGCCGUUUUAAAGACAGUGGGCUUCUGCAACAGCAUUACCACUAUUAUAGCUAAAAUGGAUGAUAUUUGUGUUAAAAAAUGACAAAACAGUAUCAUAAAUUUAAUUGUAAGUUUACUUCAAACAACUCGCAAUGGCUGUUGACCCAACACUGUUAAGUCAUGGAAUAAGAUUUAUGAUGUCAUGACGUUGUUAUGGUGUGAUGUCAUUAUGGAGCGUGACGUCACCUGCUGUGACGUAUUUGAUAACAGAACUGAUAAUGGCCUGUCGCUAAGGGAUCAGUCGGCCAUUAUCAUUGGCCCUCUCAUUUCUCAUAAAUAGAAAGCUGUUUCAUGAUAUUUCCAUCCAGUUUAGCUAUAAAAGUCAGUUUACCUUCCACGCACAGGCCAUUUAUUGGUUCCUGUUGUUGGUUAUUGCUCCCCACAUAUUUCAAAAACUGCAUCAAGGAAAGACACAAUGCAAGUGAAAUUACUUAAUCUGUGGGUACUUGGAGACAAUGAAGUACAUCAUGAAGAUGUAAAUCUUUAAAA